AACAAGAACUGAAAAAAUAAUAAUUAUAGUUCUCGUUUCCGUGUCAGAGAAAAUUCUAGGGCUUGUUGUGUGAGCUUGCAAUCGAUUUUCAAUGGACGACAUGGCAGCCUACUACGGACAAAUCCAACCGCCCAAUCUUCUUACUUAUCACUAUUAUCCACCGCCGCCUCCUCAGCCACCGCCACCCGGCGCUUCAUUCCCGCCGGCGCCCCACCUUCAUCCGCAGUACCAUCCACAACAACACGUAUUCAAUUAUUAUGGUUCUCCGCCUCUAUCUUCAUCAAACGAAGUUCGCACACUCUUCAUCGCUGGUCUUCCCGAAGAUGUAAAGCCACGCGAAAUCUAUAAUCUUUUUCGAGAAUUUCCUGGUUACGAGUCAUCGCAUCUUAGGAGUCCUAACAAUUCUUCGCAGGCAUUUGCUUUUGCUGUGUUUGUGAAUCAGCAAUCUGCAAUCAUGGCAAUGCAUGCUCUUAAUGGGAUGGUCUUUGAUCUUGAAAAGGGGUCUACGCUUUAUAUUGAUCUGGCUAAAUCCAACUCUAGAGCUAAACGUGCAAGGAUAGAUGAUGAGAGAGCUAGCUCAGAUAAGAAAGCUCGAGGAUCAGCGCCAUCUUGGGCAACUCCUGAGUCUGCAGGUGUUAGCAGCGUUCACAUGCCUGGAAUGGGUAAUCCUGCAUUCAACACGAACACGAUUGGUUAUCCACCUGCACAAAGUCAUGGAAAUGCUGACGGGAAUGCUGUGAACGACAACCUAUUUCCAAACCUGAAAAAGUGUUCAACUCCAUACAUUCCACAAAAUACAACCCCAUGCGCUACUUUAUUUGUAGCUAACCUGGGGCCGUCUUGCAAUGAACAAGAGCUAAUCCAAGUAUUUUCCAGAUUCCCUGGAUUUUUGAAGCUGAAGAUGCAGAGCACAUAUGGGGCUCCUGUUGCAUUUGUUGAUUUCCAGGAUGUUGCUAGCUCAACUGGCGCCCUAAACAGUCUGCAAGGCACCCUUCUUCAUUCCUCACCUGUCGACGAGGGAAUGCGUUUAGAAUAUGCUAAAUCGCGGAUGGGUAUGCGGAAGAAGCCGAAGUAAGUUAUGUGCCGGAAAAUAUAAAAUAAAAAAACAAAAGGAAAGGUAAACAGUGAAGAAAUCAAUAGUAAAUUUCCUGAUAGAUACACACUUGCUUUUGGGCUGCGUUAUGAAUUUUUAGUUGCUGGGGCAAUGGAAUGGAAGCUGAGUGAAUUUGACCAAAAAAAUUUAGCUUAUGUGACAGUAUUUAUUUGAGAGUUAUACUCUUGUAUUUAUCAUAGUAUUUGAGAGUUCCACAUUGAUGAAGUUCUCUAGUAUUCCACCCCCUGUAAAUUUCAUAUAAAAGCCAGUACUUUUCAACUUUUGGUGGAUUCGUCAAGAUUAAGUUUUGUUUCGAGUAAGUUAUGAUAAAUUUGAUAGGCAAUAGUCAAUAGACAUUUAUUUGACAUUUUGAUUUUUGAUUCAUGGUUGUAAUGUGCUUGUUCAAUAAUUAUUUGGUUAAAAUACAAUUUUAGUCGUUUA